CAGCCUUGCGGAGCAGAACCCGUGCUACGGGGCCUGAGCCGACCUCUGGGUGGUCCCGCGACAUCGGCGAACACUUCAGGUCCCAAAGCAGGAUCCUCCGGAUCCUCUCCAAACCGCGGGCCGCCCGUCAGCGCCUGGUCGCGAAGGCCACCCACCGUCUGCGUCUCCCACCGGGGGCUGCGGCGGCCUCUGUACCUUCUUGUUGCCUCGAAACCAGUGACCGGACCGGAGCCAAACGGCCUUCGGAAAGUUCACGUUAAUGGCAACCAUUCUUUGCUUAAAGCUUUUAAGUGAUUUUCCAUUACCUUCGUCCGAAGGGCCCCUCGGAAUCUGUCAGGCCUUGCAUCGGAGCCUUCCUUUCCGUUCCCGUCGGUCCCCUCAGCUCCCGUGAAGGACUCGAUGCUGAACCAGUGCUCAGGGAGAACACAUUGUGAUGUUGGUGUCUCGGCUAAAGCUAUGAGUGAAUUCCGGAUUCACCACGAUGUCAACGAGCUGCUCAGCUUGCUGCGUGUCCAUGGAGGGGAGGGGGCCGAGGUCUACAUCGACCUGCUGCAGAAGAACAGGACCCCAUACGUGACGACCACCAUCUCCACGCACAGCGCCAAGGUUAAAAUAGCAGAAUUUUCUCAUACUCCAGAAGAUUUUCUGAGGAAAUAUGAUGAGCUGAAAUCUAAGAACAUGAGGAGCCUGGACCCACUGGUUUACCUGCUUUCGAAGCUCACGGAGGACAAGGAGACUCUUCAGUAUUUGCAGCAGAAUGCAAAAGAAAGAGCUGAGCUUGCUGCCAGCACUGCCGCCAGCGCCGCCACCCACUUCAGUGUCCCAGCCACAGCCUCCAAGAUCUCCGUGCAGGAGCUUGAGGAGCUGAGGAAGCAGCUUGGCAGUGUGGCCACAGGCUCCACUUUGCAGCAGUCUCUAGAACUUACAAGAAAGAUGCUUCGAGACAAGCAGAACAAAAACAAUUCAGGCCAGCACCUCCCAGUUUUCCCAGCGUGGGUGUAUGAGAGACCGACCCUGAUUGGGGACUUCCUGACCUGCCCCGGCUCAAGCACGGACGCGGCUGUGCCCAUAGGCUCGCUGCCCUUGGCCGCCCAGGAGGCCGCCAUCGUGGAGGACCUGCUGUACGUGCUGGUGGGUGUGGACGGCAGGUACAUCACGGCCCAGCCCCUCACUGGGAGGCAGAGCCGGACCUUCCUCGUGGACCCCAACCUGGACCUGUCCGUCAGGGAGCUGGUGACCCGCAUUCUCCCGGUGGCUGCCAGCUACUCCACGGUGACCAGGUUCAUCGAGGAAAAGGCUUCCUUUGAGUACGGGCAGGUCAACCAUGCCCUGGCGGCCGCCAUGAGGACGCUCGUGAAGGAGUACCUGAUCCUCGUCACGCAGCUGGAGCAGCUGCAGCGGCAAGGCCUGCUGUCCCUGCAGAAGCUCUGGUUCUACGUGCAGCCCACCAUGCGCACGCUGGAUAUCCUGGCCUCCCUUGCCACGUCGGUGGAUAAAGGGGAGUGCCUGGGGGGGUCGACCCUCAGCCUCCUCCACGACCGGAGCUUCAACUACACGGGGGACAGCCAGGCGCAGGAGCUGUGUCUGUACCUGACCCAGGCAGCCAGCGUGCCCUACUUUGAGAUCCUGGAGAGGUGGAUCUAUCGAGGGGUGAUCAAUGACCCCUACAGCGAGUUCAUGGUGGAGGAGCACGAGCUGCGGAAGGAGAAGAUCCAGGAGGAUUACAACGACAGGUACUGGGACCAGCGGUACACGGUCGUCCAGCAGCACAUCCCGGCCUUCCUGCAGAAGAUGGCGGGCAAGAUCCUCAGCACAGGAAAGUAUCUAAAUGUGGUGCGAGAGUGCGGCCGCGAUGUCACCUGCCCAGUGGCCAAGGAGGUCACCUACACCCUGAAGGAGCGGGCGUAUGUGGAGCAGAUCGAGCAGGCGUUCAGCUAUGCCAGCAGGGUUCUGCUGGACUUCCUGCUGGAGGAGCAGGAGCUGCUGGCCCACCUCAGGUCCAUCAAGCGCUACUUCCUGAUGGACCAGGGCGACUUCUUUGUGCACUUCAUGGACCUCACUGAGGGGGAGCUGAGGAAGCCGGUGGGCGACAUCACGCCCAGCCGCCUGGAGGCCCUGCUGGAGCUGGCCCUGCGGAUGAGCACUGCCAACACAGACCCCUUCAAGGACGACCUGAAGAUCGACCUGAUGCCUCACGACCUGAUCACGCAGCUCCUGCGUGUCCUGGCCAUAGAGACCAAGCAGGAGAAGGCGAUGGUCCACGCGGACCCCACGGAGCUCACGCUCAGCGGCCUGGAGGCCUUCUCUUUUGACUACGUGGUCAAGUGGCCCCUGUCACUCAUUAUCAACAGGAAAGCCUUGACGCGCUACCAGAUGCUCUUCAGACACAUGUUCUACUGUAAGCACGUGGAGCGGCAGCUGUGCAACGUUUGGAUCAGCAACAAAACCGCCAAACAGUGCUCUUUACACUCUGCAAAGUGGUUUGCUGGUGCCUUCACUCUGCGGCAGCGGAUGCUGAAUUUUGUCCAGAAUAUUCAGUACUACAUGAUGUUUGAGGUGAUGGAGCCCACCUGGCACGUUCUGGAGAAGAAUCUGAGAUCCGCCUCCAACAUCGACGACGUCCUGGGCCACCACACGAGCUUCCUGGACAACUGCCUCAAGGACUGCAUGCUGACCAACCCCGAGCUGCUGAAGGUCUUCUCGAAGCUCAUGUCCGUGUGCGUCAUGUUCACCAACUGCAUGCAGAGGUUUACCCAGAGCAUGAAACUGGACAGUGAACUGGGCCGCCUGACACUGGAGCAUGGGACGAUGCUGGGGCCACCCACGGAGGCUGAGCGGGCCGAGGAGAGCACCAGGAAGAGACUCGCCAAGAAGUGCCUGGCCGAGCACGUGGACACGCCCCAGUUAGCUUCGGGCUUCGAGGCGACCAUCAGCAAGUUCGAUAAGAACUUCUCGGCGCACCUGCUCGACCUCCUGGCGCGGCUCAGCGUGUACAGCACCAGUGACUGCGAGCACGCCGUGGCCAGCGUCAUCUCCAGGCUGGAUUUCAACGGCUUCUACACGGAGCGUCUGGAGCGCCUGUCGGCGGAGAGGAACCAGAAGGCCGCCCCCCCGGGACCCAGCCCGCGCGGGGCUCCGGCGCCAGUGCCCAGGGUCGCGGUCCCUGCGCAGUGAGCCCACGGCUGCCCCUCGCAUCCCGCACCCUCCCCUGGGCUUCCGCAACCGAGGUGGGGGACACUAUGGUGGCCAGGAGGCCUCGGGGUGUAAACAAGUUCUGAGUUUUUCAUCACCCCCUUUGUGUAUGUGUGUGUGUGUGUGUGUGCGUGCAGGCACACGCGUGGUGCUCCCAUUAAACAGAGUCCCGUCCCA